CAUUUCAUUCCACCGCUCCAACACUCGCCGCCGGAUGUCACCGCAGCUCCAACCCUCGCCGCCGCCGGACGCCGCCGCCAAACACCGCCGAACACCGCCGAACGUCGCCGAACACCGCCGCCGCUGAAUCCAUUGUUAUCAAGCCGCCGCCGUCUUUGUUGUACAAUGGAAGAACCACGUGAACCUCGUAUACCUCCGACUGUCUCGAACCGUAAGAAGAGGAAGGAAUUAUCCGAUUGAGGCAAGGGCAAGGCAAUCACGACCAAGAAAAAGACCACGACCAAGAAGAAGUUUGGAGAGGGUUCUUCCUCAAUGAAUCCGGUGCCAGCUCUACCUUCGACUAUAGAAGUUGGUGAUUCGAGCAACGAACCGGUCCGAGGUCCCGAGAUACCGGAAUUGUACACAAAUUUUGAUAAGCACAUUGCUUAUCAUAUUGUGAACGAAGGGCCAGAGCGCGGCUCAGAAUUUCGAAUUCGAAAUCACACAGGAACUUUGAAAGGCUGGGUGCCGACGCCGUUUAUUACAGAGGCAGUACAAAGAGCUGGAUUAAUGUUAGUUGUAGAAGCAUCGUACAACACUGUGGACGACCAUCUACUUAGAGCCUUCAUAGAGAGAUGGCAGCCAGCUACCAACACAUUUCAUUUACUUGUUGGAGAGAUGACCAUCACACUUGAUGAUGUGAGUACGUUGGUCGGUUUGCCAGUUGUUGGACGUACCGUAUCUUGCGAGCGUUUGAUCGGUGAUUCUAAAACGAAGCCCAGUAGUUUGAUGUUCGAAAUGCUAGGUGAGUACCCGGACGAUGUAGACAAGAAGAAAGCGGUGAAGAUGGAAUGGUUGAAGACUAUAUUUAGCGAGGUGACCACGAGAGAUAGUGCUGAUAAGAGGACAUACGCCAUUCGGGCGUAUUUGUUAUUUUUGCUCUCGUGUACUAUACUGUGCGACAAGACAGGCAACAUGGUAAGCGUGGAGUAUCUAAAUCUCGUCUCUGAUUUGGAUCGGAUCGGCGAGUAUGCUUGGGGAACUGCAUGUCUUUGCCGGUUGUACGAUGAGCUUUCGUCAGCCUCACAAAAAUCAACGAACUCGAUGGCUGGCUGGCUGACGCUCUUUCAAUCAUGUAUUUAUGAGCACUUUCCUUAUUUGGCGGGUGGCACAUUGAAGACGGAAUUCGAGGGGCCAUUAGCGAGCCGAUGGGAGCCUCAGUCAAAGACUACUUCAACGCCUGAACGAGCGUCGUACUUGCGAUCUCGAUUAGAUGAUUUGAUCCCCGAUCAGGUAAAAUACCAGUUUAAUAAUUUGUUAUUACUACUUAAGUAGGUUUCUAAAUCUAAUUUUUUAUUUAUUUUACUAGGUUUUAUGGUCACCGUAUACGGCUAUUCGUGAUCGUUUCCCGAUGCCAGAUUCUGUUUGGUUUAGUGGGAUGAUAUGUUGCAUGGACCAUUUCGAGGCAUAUCAUUCGGACAGAGUGUUGAGGCAGUUCAACCGGGUGCAAAUUAUUCCAGGUCGUGUAUACAUGUCAAAAGAUAUGUACAAAGCUCUAGUUAACAAAGGUCGAUCAGUCCAGAACUCAAUAUUCGCUGCGUAUGGCGAACGAUUCUCUGAUCGGUGGGAGGAGCAUUGUCUGGACGAGGAGUCGAGGUCCGUUGAAGUUGAACUCGGGGAGGCGGACACUUCGCCGGACUAUAUGAAUUGGUUCCGACCCAGAUGCAUGUUACAACUCAGUAGGGAGCCCAUCCACCUCGACCACAUGCGGAUCGACCUCGACCACGUGAAGCUCGUCCAGGGGGUGGUACCGAUAAGGAGGUCCAACUUUCAUAAAUUUUGGAGUUGGUGAAGGGUACACUUAGCGAGGUGCGGGGACUUACGCUCAUCCGACGCUCAUACGGUCAUGUCGAAACAAGCCUAUUUCAAUUUUUUUUUUCGAUAAUUUGAAAUUUUUAUUUUUUUUGUCCAAAAAUACUUAGAAUAUAUUUUUUAU